AUGCCGGCGCCUCCAAGUACGUUUUCUCCCUCGAAUAAUCCAGAAAAACCAUCAAAAAUUUGUUCAGGAGGAAUAAGAAUCGAGCCGCCGAACGAAGAAGAUCGGGAUAUGAAGUUGGUGAGCGGAAUGAAAGAAAGUGAGCAUUUUCCCGGAGAAUUCUCAAUUUUAAAAGCGGCUUUCAGAACUUCACGAGUAUCGGAUGGCGAAGAUUCGCGAAAAUCUGGAGGGAGAGCGGAAGAAGGCGUGGAUUUAUGUGGGCAAUUCGUUCCGCGAUCCGCCUCCGUCAACUUCUUCGUCGUCGCCGUCGUCGUCGAAGCCUUGA